AUGAAACAUGAAAAAGGGAAAAACACGAAAGUGGUAUCUCUUAAAAGUCUGUAUAGUAACUUUCACAAAACGAGUGAAUUACUUUUGAAAGAGAAAGAUAAGAAACAUUUUGAAGAUAAAAACUGUGAACAUGCAGAUAAUAGUCAAGAGGAUAAAGAGAAUCAGGAGACCCAUUCGCAAGGAUGCACAUUUCAGCAUGAACUCGAUUCUGAAGAUCAUUUUUUGAUUGAAGGAAAAGCUCAGAAGAAAUCAAACUCGAGAAGAGGACACAAGAAGGAUCAAACUAUAUUGCCCAAGCAAGGUAUGAAGCAAGAAAGGGAGAUUCAUUAUGACAUGAAAAAGAAUUAUGGAUAUUCUUACGACAUAAGGAAAUAUUUCAUGCAGGAAGAGACACAUAAUUUAUCAUCGAAGGAGAAGGUGAAGGAAAACACAUCUUCAAAAGUAGAACCCAAAAGUAGAACCCAUUUUUCAGAGAUAACACAAAAGAAGGGAAAAACAAAGGAUAAGCGUAAUCUUAGUGAGGAAAAAAGUUAUUCGGGAAGUGCUUCUUGUCAUGUGAAUAACACAGCAAGUGUUUAUGAUAAUAUCAAUUCGAUUGAACAUUUGAUAAAAGAAAAUAGAUUAGAGAGAGAAGAAUCUUAUGGUAGCUUAUGUAGGACUACAGAUGAGGAGAAGCAAAAUGGAAAUGAGCAGAUUACAAGCGAUGAAGACAGAUUAAGCGUGAGAUUUGAUUUCAAAAAUGAGACUAACAAUAAUGAAAUGCUAAAUUCCCCAUUAAAUACAAAAAUGGAAAAGAACAUGGAAAAGAAGAAACAAAGUUUAUUGUUAGAAGAAUUGACAAAGCAAAGGAAUAAUUCCAAUGUUAAGAAAGAUGUUUUCAAUUGUCCAGAGUUUCACGAAAAAGAUAAGAACACCACAGUGAUUAUGCAAACACAAGGGAAUUACAACAUAGGAGAAGAGAAAGAAAAAAAAUACAAUAAAAUAACCGAGAAAGAAGAGAGUGUAAAUUUCAAAAGUAUGAAAAUUGAAGACAUAAAAUGUACCCUAUCUAAAAAUGAACCAGAUACGCUAAAAAUUUUAUUAUGCACAGAUAACCACUUAGGGUAUAAAGAAAAUAAUUCAGUACAAAGAAAAGAUACUUUCAACUCUUUUGAAGAAAUUUUAUUCAUUGCAAACAAGUUAAAUGUCGAUAUGAUUCUAAACAGUGGUGAUUUAUUUCAUAAAAAUAAAGUGUCUGAAUAUACACUUUUUAAAUCCAUGGCAAUUAUAAGGAACUACUGUCAUGUUAGUGCUCAUGAAGAGGAGGACUCUGUUUCUUCACCCAUGACGCAACCAGCUAAUUUUUCCAAAACAGAAAUAUCUUCCCAUAGAUCUGCACAAAGAUUCAGUGUUAGCGUGAAGGAAGUGCAGAAUUGUAACUAUACAUACUAUGAGGAUGGAAGUACAAAGAGUGAGGGCUCGUGUAGGGAGAACCCAAAGUUGCAUCACACUCGGAGGGAACAGAUUAAGCAGAAUGAGCCGAGUAAGAAAUGUGAGCAACCUGGUGGGGAAAGCAGAAGUAGACACAUUGCUGGGAGGAGACAAAAAAAUGGAUGCAGGGUUGUGCGGUUUGAUAGUGAUAGAAGCGGAGGAGGCAGAAGGGGAUCUAGCAGUAGUGGCAGUAGUAGAAGCGGAUCUAGCAGAAGUGGACGUGGGGAGGAGGGAACUGCUUACGAUAUGUGCGACUCCGUGAGGAUGUGUUCAGUAAGGGAGAAGGUCGAAAUGUGCAUUCCAUUUUUCACGAUACACGGGAAUCAUGAUUACCCAUACAGCUGCGACUAUAUCUGCCCCUUGGACAUAUUGAAUGUAUGUAACCUAAUUAAUUACAUAGGAAAAAGCAACCUGAACUAUCUUGUGGUGAAACCAAUUCUUUUAAACAAAGGGAAUACAAAAAUAGCUAUUUAUGCAAUCGGAUGGAUCAAGGAUGAACGGUUGUAUAGAGCCUUUGAUAACAAAAGAAUAAAGUUUAUGUUAUCAGAUGAUUAUAAGAAGCGAAUAAAUAUUCUCGUUCUACAUCAAAAUCGAUAUGUCAGAUGUGCACAUGGAAAUAAUUUAAAAAAUUAUAUUAAAGAAUCUUUUAUCCCCAAAUUCAUUGAUUUGGUUAUAUGGGGACAUGAGCAUUACUCGAAACCCUACUUAGAGGAAAGUUUAUACAAUUCAUUUUAUAAUUUACAAUUAGGUUCUUCUGUUAGAACAUCUUUAUGUACAAAUGAAUGUGGGGAUAAGUAUAUUGGUUUACUGGAAAUUAGAAAUGAGAGAUUUCGCUUUUUAAAAAUUCAAUUAGAAACAGUGAGACCAUUUGAAUUUAAAGAAAUUCGACUAGCUAAUUACAAUUUAAAUUUCAAAGAUGAAUCCAUAUUGAAGCAAUUUUUGCAUGAACAGACAAAUAAUAUUUUAACUAAUUUUCAACAAAAUCUAUUUGAACAAGUGAAAAAAUAUUACUUGUUCAGAAAAAUUUUCUUUCUUUCACCUGAGUCUUCUAAAAUGGAAAACAAAUACACUCAUGUUGUAGCUCUGCAAAAGGGCACAGCAGUGGAUAAAGAAAUGUGCAAACAAAUGGGAAAACAAAUCUGUGAUGGGAAGAAUGUCGAAGCAAAAGGUACACUCGUAAGUGAUGCCAAUCUGAAGAACUCUUUGGCUAGCGAAAUUUACACAAAUAAGGAACUGUUGGAUGAAUAUUUUGAUUCCAUAAUAUCUAAGCGAGAUAUAAAUGAUUUUAUGCAGAAUUUGCAAAAUGAUGAAUUCUAUUCAACUACAUUUAUUCAUGUUGCUUUUUCAAAUCCUAGUGAUACAUUUGAUCUCUUAAAAAUAAAAAAAGGUAUUUAUGAUAAACCCCUAGUGAAAUUAAAAGUCGAAUAUGAUGACAUUAACAUAAUAAAUACACAAUUGUUCGGUUCAAUAUUUACAAAUAAUAUAGCAAAUCCAUCGGAGUUCUUAUCUUUUUGUAGAAAAAAAAGAAAAAACAACAGUGGAAUUCAAACAGGAGGAGAUACUUGCACAAAUGGAAAUAACACCAAUGUAGCACAUGCAUUCGUUUCUCUCACCAAUAAUUCGAUGCACCAUCCACAGAUGGAUGCUGCUGCUGAUGACGAUAAAGAUAUACUUAACAUGGAACAUAUAAAUGAAUACAACAAAGUCUUUGAUAUUCUUUUUGAUUACUGCCACCUCAGAGAAGACCUCUCAAUCCUCAAUAAUAAAACAAUAAUGGAAACGGUUAUAAAUUACAUGCGUAAUUCGAACUCAUCUUUUAAUUCUGAAUCCAAUGGCACAUCUGAUUUCUGCAGCAUCAUUUCGAUGGUUGAACACUCCGCUAGAAAUAAAAUAGAUCUCCUCGAGGGACGUCUCAUGGAUAUUCCAGUGGAAAACAUAACGGAUGAUUACCUGACUGAGCUAACCAAAAAUCUUCCUCGGUCUUAA